AUGAGACUUCAAACAUUCCUGGGCUAUCGGCUACUUGCCGCCACCCUCAUAAUCUCUCAAGGCGUAUGGGCGCAGAACUGUACAAGUUUCACGAUCCGUACAGCCGAAGAUUUGAAGGCAGCACGCAGAUGCCCCGAAGUUUUCGGCGACGUCAUCAUCGGAACCGAACUCAGCCACGUCAAUCUUGAUGGAAUCGAAACGAUCCAUGGCAACUUUGAAACACUCGCAAUUUGCAGAGGGGAGAGACCAGGAUGUAAUCUGGACUGGCCGCUGGACACCAUUAGCUCGACCACGUUGACGACCGUCGGUGGCCGACUGCUCAUGAGCUGGAGCGGCGGGCUGCGCAACAUCACACUCCCGAAGCUCAGGGCAGUCGGAAGACAGUUUAAUUUACACACCGUUCCAAGAUUGGCGUACUUGGACAUUAGUCUUCUCGAAUCGGUCGGCCGCUUCAAAAUCGACGCGCAAAAUCUGACGACUAUGAGGCACGAAGGACUUCGAAACCUGACAGGAGAGGGACAUACUGUGAAGGAAAUCAUCCUGUCCGUAGGCCUCGAAACCAUAGACAGCGUGCUUAAAUAUCCGCUGAGCGUCGACCAAGUAUAUUUGUAUCUCAACCCGCGUGUCAAGAAGGUCAAUUUCGGGUUGGCGAAUACCACUCAGCUUCUCAUUUACACCAACGUAACCCUCGGCAAUCGAUUCCAAGCCAUCGAUGGUAGUACGACUGUCGUGGUCGGCGGCCCUGAGACCAAAACGAUGCACGUGAGGGAGUUCUACUGUCAAAAUGCAACCGUUGAACUAGAGCGUCUACCUAGCCUUGGAAUGUUGACGGUUAACGAGUUCCGAAUGGAUGGUAGCGGCCAUCUUGAAAAGCUGGCUCUGCCGUUUGAUGAGCUUCGCGACUUAAUAAUUCAGGAAACGGAAACACUCCGAUGGCUUUCCAACUCUCCCCAAGCCACGCGAUGGGCCAAUUUCAGCAUCACAAUACCAAGCGAUAACAAGGCACUCAACUUGUCUUCCGAAUACCUUGCUGACGAGAGCGGGAAAAUGGUCAGAUCUUGGUACUGGCCUCAGAAAGACAUUCAGUACGUCAACAUCAACGCCAUCUUGGGCGAUGGUUUCUUGUGA